AUGGCAAGUCAAGGAGAAGAAGGUCCAGCAAUCGGGAUCGAUCUCGGUACGACCUACUCCUGCGUCGGAGUAUGGCAACACGAUCGUGUUGAGAUCAUCGCUAAUGACCAAGGUAACAGAACUACGCCAUCUUACGUCGCCUUCACCGACUCCGAGAGGUUGGUUGGUGAUGCCGCAAAGAAUCAGGUCGCCAUGAACCCAAUAAACACUGUCUUCGACGCAAAGAGAUUGAUUGGUCGUAGAAUCAGUGACGCAACCGUCAAAAGCGAUAUGAUGCUAUGGCCAUUCAAGAUCAUCCCUGGAGCUGCCGAGAAACCAAUGAUCGUCGUCAACUACAAAGGAGAAGAGAAGAAAUUCGCCGCAGAGGAAAUCUCCGCAAUGGUACUCCUUAAGAUGCGUGACAUCGCUGAAACUUACCUUGGCACUUCGAUCAAGAACGCUGUUGUCACUGUUCCAGCUUACUUCAACGACUCUCAGCGUCAAGCAACAAAGGACGCUGGUGUGAUCGCUGGUUUGAAUGUUAUGCGUAUCAUCAACGAGCCUACUGCUGCAGCCAUUGCUUAUGGUCUUGACAAGAAGGCAACAAGUGUUGGAGCGCAGAACGUUCUCAUCUUUGAUCUUGGUGGUGGUACUUUUGAUGUCUCUCUUCUCACUAUUGAAGAAGGUAUCUUCGAGGUCAAGGCAACUGCUGGAGACACCCAUCUUGGUGGUGAGGAUUUCGACAACAGAAUGCUUAAACAUUUUGUUCAAGAGUUUAAGAGAAAGAACAAGAAGGACAUUAGCUCUAACCCUAGAGCUCUUAGGAGACUAAGAACAGCUUGCGAGAAAGCAAAGAGGACUCUCUCUUCCACAGCACAAACCGCUAUUGAGAUUGAUUCUCUCUUUGAAGGAAUUGAUUUCUAUUGUCCAAUCACACGUGCUAAGUUUGAAGAACUUAACAUUGAUCUUUUCAAAAUGUGUAUGGAGCCUGUUGACAAGUGUCUCCGUGAUGCUAAGAUGGACAAGGACGCAGUUCAUGAUGUUGUCCUUGUCGGUGGAUCUACACGUAUCCCCAAAGUCCAACAGCUUCUCCAAGACUUCUUCAAUGGUAAAGAGCUAUGUCAGUCCAUUAACCCUGACGAGGCUGUGGCUUAUGGCGCAGCUGUUCAGGCAGUGAUUCUAAGCGGUCAAGGGAGCGAAAAGAUCAACGACCUUCUUCUCUUGGACGUGACUCCUCUUUCUCUCGGUGUUGAAACCAUCGGUGGAGUCAUGCACAUCUUGAUCGAGAGGAACACAACAAUCCCUGUUAAUAAGGAAAAAAUCUUCACCACAGCCGAAGACAACCAGACAGGUGUGUUGAUCAAUGUCUACGAAGGUGAGAGACCUAUGACCAAAGACAACAACCUCCUCGGUACAUUCACUCUCUCUGGUAUCCCUCCGGCUCUACGUGGUAUCGCUCAGAUCACAGAAUGUUUCGACAUUGAUGCAAACGGUAUCCUCAACGUGUCGGCGGAGGACAAGAACACCGGGAGAAAGAACAAGAUCACGAUCACCAACGACAAGGGUCGCUUGACUAAGGAAGAGAUUGAGAAGAUGGUGCAAGAUGCUGAGAGGUACAAGUAUGAAGAUGAAGAGCAUAAGAAGAAGGUAGAUGCCAAAAACGCUCUUGAGAACUACGCUUACAAGAUGAGAAACACAAUCCGUGAUGUUAACCUCGGUGAUUUGCUUGCUGCUGAAGACAAGAAGAAGAUUGAAGAUUUGUUUGAGGAUACAAUCCAAUGGCUUGAUGCUAACCAAUCUGCUGAAGUAUACGAGUUUGAAGAUAAGAUGAAGGAAUUGGAGAGCGUAUGGAAUCCUAUCAUUUCUAACAUGUGA